GCGAUGAAGAGCCAGAGACCUGCACCCUAAAGACAAAGUCACCACCCCACUUUCCAUCUCCAUUCUGAAGGCAGGUAAAGGCGCAAUGCGACAGAGCUGCAGCACUCACAGACAAGAGUUAACCCACCAGGCUGCUCGUCUUGCCGCUCUGUCACUCUCACUGUCUGUCUGUUAACAACUGGAUCUCCUCCCUACAACUCUGGACCAGCCAAAGUCUGGAUUACUGCACUUUUCUUCAGUUUUAUGAGUUGGAAUGAAAUUCUCCUGAACGAAGCUGCUGUAAUGAAAUCCUCUGUCCUAGGGUCAGUUUGGGCUCUUCUAUUGCUGGUGUGGGAGCCUGCAUGCCUGGGUGAUGAGGUUACCUCCAACACAGUGAACCCAUGCUGUUAUCUCCCCUGUCAGCAUUGGGGUGUGUGUGUAAGGUAUGGUGAAGACAAGUAUGAGUGUGACUGCACCCGCACCGGCUACUACGGAGAAAACUGCACCAUCCCUGAGUUUUGGACCAGAACGCGUCAGUUCUUCAAACCGAGCCCAGAUGUAGUGCAUUACAUUCUCACUCAUUUCCACUGGCUCUGGGACAUCAUCAACCACACCUUCCUACGGGAUGUUCUCAUGCGGCUGGUUCUAACAGUAAGGUCCAACUUAAUACCCAGCCCUCCAACCUUCAACUCAAAGUACGGCUACCUCAGCUGGGAAUCCUACUAUAACCUGAGCUACUACACUCGGAUUCUGCCCCCGGUGCCAGAUGAUUGCCCUACACCUCUGGGAGUCAAAGGAAAAGGUGGGCUGCCUGACCCUGAGCUGCUGGUUGAGAGGCUGCUGAAGAGACGAACGUUCAGACCCGACCCUCAGGGCUCCAACCUCAUGUUCGCCUUCUUCGCACAGCACUUCACCCACCAGUUCUUCAAGACCUACAAUCGCAUGGGUCUGGGCUUCACUAAGGCGCUAGCGCAUGGGGUGGAUGCAGGGCACAUUUAUGGAGACAACUUGGAACGUCAGCUCCACCUCAGGCUUCACGAAGACGGAAAACUUAAGUAUCAGUUAAUUGACGGCGAGAUCUACCCUCCCUCUGUAGCUGAUGCCCCAGUUAAGAUGAGCUACCCCCCUGGAAUCCCCCCUGAGGGUCAGAUGGCUAUUGGUCAGGAAGUAUAUGGACUUCUUCCCGGUUUGGGGAUGUACGCCACACUGUGGUUGAGAGAGCAUAACCGAGUCUGUGACAUCCUGAAAGCAGAGCAUCCCACCUGGGAUGACGAACAGCUUUUCCAGACCGCACGCCUCAUCAUUAUUGGUGAGACGAUAAAAAUCGUGAUAGAAGAGUACGUUCAGCACCUCAGUGGAUACCUGCUGCAGUUGAAGUUUGAUCCCACCCUGCUGUUUAACUCCCACUUCCAGUAUGGGAAUCGUAUUGCUCUGGAGUUCAGCCAACUCUACCACUGGCACCCCUUGAUGCCUGACACCUUCUUCAUUAACGGAGAUGAGCUGUCAUACACACAGUUCCUCUUCAACACUUCUGUUCUCACACACUACGGCAUUGAGAAGCUGGUGGAUGCUUUCUCUCGGCAAGUUGCUGGCCAGAUUGGUGGGGGCUAUAACAUCAAUGCUGUGGUGACCAGAGUGGCUGUGGGAGCCAUAAAGGAGUCCCGCCAACUCCGCAUGCAACCCUUCAACGAGUACAGGAAGCGUUUCAAUCUUAAGCCGUACACAUCAUUCAGACAAUUCACUGAUAAUGAGGAGAUAGCCAGUGUGCUUGAAGAAUUCUACGAAGACAUUGAUGCUCUUGAAUUUUAUCCUGGCUUGAUGUUGGAACGGACACGACAGGGGACCAUAUUUGGAGAGAGCAUGGUGGAGAUGGGUGCCCCCUUCUCUCUUAAAGGCCUCCUGGGAAAUCCUAUAUGUUCUCCAGAUUACUGGAAGCCUAGCACCUUUGGAGGCAAAGUCGGCUUUGACAUAGUGAAUUCUGCCACACUAAAGAGACUGGUCUGUCUGAACACCAGGACGUGUCCUCAUGUGGCGUUUAGAAUACCAACAGAGGAGCAAUCACAGACAGGCAAAAUACAUAUUUACAGUAGUUACUAUGAUGACAGUGACACUGGCUGUUCCUUCUCAGGACCAAAGGGUGUGAUCAAUGACUGGAGGAAAUACAAGCAGCUGGAGGUGGAGCAGAAACAAGAGCAGAAGAAAGAAUAACUGCGUGUGUUUUCCUCUUUGUCUACUCCACAGAUGACCAUGCAGGAGUACAACAUGCUCCAGGAAGAGGAGGAUGAUGAAGACUUCCUCCAGCAUUACCGUAUGCAGCGCAUUGAAGAGAUGCGGCGUCAGCUCUGCCGUGGUAAACGUUUUGCGCAGGUCUAUGAGCUUAACAGCGGAGAGGACUUCCUGGAGGCUUUAGACAAGGAGGAUAAAAGCACACUGGUCAUGAUCCACAUCUACGAGCCGGAGGUCCCGGGCUGUGAGGCCAUGAGUGGCAGCCUGCUGUGUCUGGCUCAGGAGUACCCGCUAGUCAAGUUCUGCAGCGUACGCAGCUCGGCCAUCAGCACCAGCGCACUGUUCAGAGACAGUGCUCUGCCUGCUCUGCUCGUUUACAAAGGAGGAGACCUGAUCGGCAACUUUGUACGGCUCACAGACCAACUCGGGGAAGAUUUCUUUGCUGUAGACCUGGAGGCCCUGCUGCAGGAGUACGGCCUGCUGCCUGACAAGCCCCCCGUUGUCCCGAAGACGGUUCGCAAUGGAGCCAUCAUACAGACCACUGUGAGUGAUGAGGACUCUGACCUUGAUAUAGACUAGAGCCAUGAUAUCUAACAUGCAUUAUAUGCUUGGGAAACAUGCGUACAGUCUGCAUGGAUGAUAGAUAAUUUAUAUAUAUAUGUGGACCCCCUGCAGUAACAGACUGAGCCAGGAUUGCUAUUUUACUACUCAUACAGCUACAUACAACCAGCAUUGAAGCAGUACCAAAAGUAAAUGCACAAAAAAACAUCAUGGUCCAGUGGACGUUCAUCAUUCCAAGGUAAACAUGAGUUAUAUUUAAUGAGAGUAAAUAUUAGUCAUUAUCAUUAUUGAGGACCUGUUGUUAUGCCCAGUGAGAAUGCUGUAGGUGUAGGUUGAGCUCUGACUGUCAACUAUUUAUUUGUGUUAAAACACAUUUCCCUGUUUUGUUUCAUGUGCAUCUUCUUUGUUUUAUGUGUGUCAUUCUGUAGAAUACAAAACCUCCAGAUCUAACUGACUUUUAGUUAAUUUUUUAAAUUUUAUAUGUGCUGUACCAUUUCAAAUAGAAAGAAAAAUAAACUGUUAAGUCUUUGGACUCACUGCCUGUUGUAUUAAUAUU